ACUAGAGUGCUGUACCACGAUGAUUGUGAGAAUAACAGCUUUGAUUCUUCUUUGCACACCAGCUGUGAUUCAAACUACAGAGGUUCCUCAGCUGAUCUCUUUGACUGUUGUUGACCUUGGUGACAAUGCUACUUUUGGCUGUGAAGUCUCUGAGAAGGAGUUAAAAUCCUUUCAUUGGUAUAAACAGUCUCUGGGACACUUGCCCCAAAGUGUUGCUUCUGUUGUUUUUAACCAAAUAGCUUUAUCUGAUGAAUUUAAAGAUUCACGUUUCACAGUGAAUAAAGAAACAUCUCAAUAUAUAUUUACUAUCAGAAAUGUCAGCAAAGAGGAUGAAGCAACAUAUUUCUGUCAAACAGGAACCACAUAUUCACAGACUGUCAGCAGUGGCACAUUCUUGGCUGUGAAAGAUCACAAUCAUCAGAAAUCUGUCUACGUGAAACAAAAUCCAGAGAAAGAGUCUGUUCUUCUGGGAGACUCUGUGACACUCGAAUGUUCACUUCUCUCCCAGAACAAAGAAAAAGUACUCCAAUGUCCAGAUGACCACAGAGUGUACUGGUUCAGAGCUGGAUCUGAAAGAUUUGCUCCAAACAUCAUUUACACUCUCGUGAACAACAGUGAUGAAGCUCUUAAGAGACGAUGCGUCUACAGCCUGACCAAAACAAUACAGAACUCCUCCGAUGUCGGGACUUACUACUGUGCUGUUGUCACAUGUGGGGAGAUCCUACUUGGUGAAGGAACUAAAGUGGAGACACGACCAGGAUUAGGCCCUGUUGUCGUUAUUCUUGGAGUUCUGCUAGGUUGUUGUGUGGCUGUGAUUGCGCUUCUUCUUUUGUACCCCAGAGGGAUAAAUGUUUGUCAGCAUUGCAAAGGGGAAAUACGUGCCACCAAUCAUGCUGGAUGUGACGUGUCAAAUGUGGGCCAAGCAAAUGAUUUGAUGAUGACCGAUGCUACAGUCCAUUACUCCUCAGUGAGAGUAAACAGAGUGAACAGGAAGAGGAGAGAGUCAACACAAGACUGUGUGUAUGCUGCUGUUAGACAAGAGUCCCACACUCAGCAGCAACCAUCAGCAUAAGCCAAAAACGGCAGGAGUUGUAGUCCUUUAAUAGACACUCUGGCCUUUCUAAUAUCUGUUAAAAUAAAACGGUUCCUAUGAAGGUUUAGGACAAAUAUUAAAGUGAAUUCCACUGGCACAUUAAAGAGUGUUGAAUGGAUUUCAACAAUCCAUUAAUCCAAUACUGAAAGUUGUGCAUUGUUGGAACUGAAAAGUUUAAUCCAUUUUUAUGGUUUGCAACUCAUGUUGACAAACAGACACAGUAACAGCAAAAAUACGUUCUUAAGGCAUUCUAUUGCAUGACUGCAGAAACAUAUUCAAGAUUCACACAUGGUGAUGAAAUAAAUGUUUUUUUA